ACAUCUUCAUACAUCUUACCUGUUAAGUCGGUAUUUCAUGUCUGCAAGCCUAAGCCAUCGUUGGCAUUUUUCGCCUGCGCCCAAGACCUAAGGCACGACUAUUUAACGUUUCAUUGUUAAAUUGUUUGCGGCAUUAUAUAACUUACCGACGCCAACAGUUAUUUGCCUCAAGAUAGCUCUUAACCUUACUUUUAUGGAUGCUUGCGAAGUGUAUGUGUACGGCUUUGUCAGCGCAGUUUGCAUAGCUUAACGACAUAGCAUCAAUAUAGUUAUGCAUAUGGGUUGUGCUAACACGGGGGUUACACGACGAGGGUAUGGGUUACUUUAGGAACUUGCUUGGCGCCUGCUUUGGACAUUCGACAAAGGAAGUAUUGAGAAAUGAAGAUGAAGAUUUGCGUGCUAAGCAGCACCAACGAAAGCACCACGAAACUGGAGGCGUUAACAGCAGUUUAGGUGUAGACCUCUGGUCUCGGUACUUACGGAGGGUAGCCGGCCAUCCGGAUGAUGAUGAGUAUGUAGGACAAGAUGGUGGAACUGUCGACAGCAUAUGGGCCGAAGUCUUAAAUGGGCCCGACCCUGUUGUGUUGCUGGAGUUUGUCGGCGUCCGUGGACCUGGCUGCGGUCGCUCGAGCCAUCUACUGCUGGAUAUUGACCUCCGAGGCCUUUUAUCUCAUGAAAUCCCAUACGUUGCUGACCAUCAGCAUACUUCAGCUAAAAGCCUGCGCGCAGCAUACGCCAAUUGUGACGCUGUCAGGCUUUCCGCACGCCACGCCAACAGCGCCCUGCGCAGCCUGCUGCGCUGCCCCACGCCGGCCCACUACGAGCUGCUCCUGGCGGACCUGCUGGCCUCCGACCCGCUGCUGCUGGAGGCGCUGCAGGACUGCUUCGUGGCGCUGGUGGAGGGCACGGGCGCGGCGGCAGCGGCCGCAGCCACCUUCGCCCGCAUGCACCCGCUUGUCGUACACCACCCCCUGCCACACACCGCGACGCGCACGCUGCUGCCGCUGACCAUCCACCCCGUGCUGGUGCGCCAGCCCGCAUCAGCUGGACAGCCGUCCAGGGCUGAUGUGUCGGCUGGCUGCUGCAGCAAGGCAGCGCCGUUUGGGGCUCCUGGCGGCGGCUCCAUCCGCUGCGCAGAAGAUGCGCGUACGGCAUCAGCUGUGGGUGAGGGUGCUGGUGGUACGGCCUCGGCACAUCAUGAGGUGGUUGCCGCGGUGUUUCUGCGGUACCGAUUGUCCUCGGGUCUAGCUGCCAUGCACGAGCAGCUGACCCGCUGCCUGACCGCGCUGUCGGGCCUGCCCAGCAUCGUCACGCUGCUCUCGGGUGCGGGCCGCCGGGUGCUGUACCAGAACACAGCAUCCAUGCGCUACAUGGGGCUGCGUCAGGGGGCCGCGGCGGGCCCCAAGCGCCACCGGGCGCUGUCCUUCAUGAUCGACUACGACGCUGAAGGCGAUGGUGACGGCGACGGCGGCGGUGGUGGCGGCAGUGUCCGGCCGCUGGGCGCCCUGCAGGGCGGCUACCUGGGGGAGCUGUUCUCGCUGAGCCCGCAGCAGCUGCCGGAGGUGGCGCGGGAGCUGGAGGCGCGGCGGCCCUGGAAGGGCAUUGUGCGAGUGCCGCACCUGCUGACCCGGUGCGAGGCGGCACAACAGCACCAUCAUGAACAGCAGCAGCAGCAGCAGCAGCCGGCAGGGGGUGGUAGUGCUGUGGCGGAGGAGUGGUUGUCGCCGUACGGCAGCAGCGGAGGAGCGAACGGCCGGGAUACGGUGCUGCUGGACUGCCGGGGUACAUGGGAGGAGCUGACGCUGCAGUCCGCUCCCAUCACCGCCACCGCCGCUCCGCCCAUAGCCACCCCCAGUGCCGUCAUCCUCAGCGGUGGCAGCACCGCACCGGAGCGCUCGCCCUCAACCAGCCCCCCCUGCCGCGAUCCUGCCGCAGCAGCAGACGCCAUGCACGACCGCAGCAUGGAUCGCGGUGGCGCAGCAGUGGGGUCCGCGGCUGCGGCGGCUGCUGGGGUGAACGCGGCUUCGGAGGCGCCGACGUUGCGUGUGUCCCCGCUGUCGCUGCACUCCCUGCGGAACCGCGUCGGCGCCUUUGCUGAGGUGUCGCCGCUGGGGUCCUCCAUGCCCGCAGUGCCGGAGGGAGAUGCCGGUCGGAAGCAGCAGCAGCAGCAGCAGCAUGCGGGGGCCUCGGCGCCUUCCGCGGCGGCGGCGGCGGCGGCCGGUGCGGGCCAUGACCGGGGAAGUUGCAGCGAUUUCAUGACGGCAUUUGAGGGCGGCGGCUUUGUGCCAGUUGACGCGGAUGGCAGCGCGUCAUCGCCUUGGUUGACGACACCGCACUGCAACGCCAGCAACACCUCGCUUACCUUCAAGCACUCCGCCAUUGCGACGGCGGCGACCAUCACGGCGACGGAGGGGACGGAGGUGCCCACCUCACCACCCUGGCUGCGACGUCCCAUUCCCUCCAACGACGGCGCGCAGUCGCUGAGUGCCGUGCACGCCACGUCUCGCAGCUGCGCAAGCAACACCGUGUGUGAAGACGGGGCAUCCCAGAUCCGCGUACUCAACAUGUACCAUUCCCUGCCGGCGCGGCGGCCCAGGAAUGCGCAGGGCGGGAGCUUCUGCGGCGCAGCAGGCCACGGCCCGGAGGAGGGCGCUGGGGUUCCCAUCCUGGCCCAUGCGAGCAGCGCCACGGCCGGGUACGGCAGCGCCUUCACCACCACCGCCGCAACCGCGGCCACCGCCUCCGGAAGCAGCUUCAUGCGGGGGCUGAACUCGGCGGUACGGCAGUCCAUUGAGCUGAGGCGCACCGCGUUCGGCAAGUCCGCCAAGACGCACCAGGAUAACCCGCUGUCCACCAGCACUUGGGGGCUGAUGGCGGAUGCGGCUGGGCACCGGAAGUCGGUCAAGCGUCACAUGUCCUUCGGAGCGGCCGUCCUGCGAGCGGGGCAGCUGCAGCCACAGCUCCCCGGGGACGCGGUUCACACCCUGGCGCACAGGUCUCCCUCCAUCUCCGUCUCCACCUCAUCCGGCAUCGAGCCCUCCUCCUCCGCCGUCACCAAGCCCUACCAACGCACCUGCAUGGGCGCGCUUGCACGCUCCGUUCCCGGCACGGGCACCACCCCAGGUGAACUCAACCACGAGCUCACAGCAGCAGCGGCGGCAGCAGCGGCAGCCGCAGCCGGCCGCUCCCACCCCCACAACAGCAUCGUCAUGCCAAUCGAGGGGGACGGAUUGCCCGGAAGCGCGCCUUGUGCGGUUGACCGGGCGCCCUCGGGAUCCGGCUUGAGUACGGCGGCCUUCAUCUCGGUGAUCCCAGCCCGUCGUGUGACGUCCCGGCUGUCCGUGAGCGCUGCGGGGGCGCUGCCGCCCGUGGAAACCACCUUCUCACCGUCCUCAUACGGCGGGGUGCCUGGGUCAGCGCUAGCGCUGUUGUCGUCGCCUAGCGGUGCGGCAGCAGCAGGGUGCAUGUCCUUUCGCAUGCGAGCUGGCAGCAGCGGCGGUCCGGACUAUGGCUAUGCAGCAGACGCGGCGGAGGAGGCGGUGGUGGUGGGCCGAGCGCAGUCGGCGGUGCAUGAGGGGCUGGCGGCCUGUCCGCGCAUCGUUGACGUGCAUGGCGUUGCGGCGGCGGUGGGGUCAGCAGCAUCGCCACGGGCGCUGGCGUCGCCGGCGCACCGGCUGCUGCUGCAGCAGCAGCAGCAUCCGGAGGCGUCACCGCUGGGGCGGCAUCUCAACGCGAGCCCCAGCACCGAGACGGGUUCAGGCAGCUUCAGCUAUGUGUCACCCCGGAAUGCAGGCAACACGAAGCAGCAUUCCACAGAGGACAGGCAUGUGGUGGACGCGGUGGCGGUGUCGGACGCCAGUGACGACGGCAGCUGCUGGCACGAGGUCACGGUGACACCUGUGGGCGACGGCGGCGGCGGCAGCUCGGGUGCACCCAUGCUGCUGGUGAUGCAGACGGACGUGACGGCCCGCGUGCGCGCUGAGCGCAGCAUAGCCGAGGCGCUGGAGGGGGAGCACCAGCUGCUGGAGUCCAUCUUCCCCAGGCACGUGUUGGAGCUGGCUGCCUCGGCUCGCAAGGGCGCGGGGAAGCAGGACGGCGCGGCGCGGUACCGGCUGGCUCAGCUGCCGCUGGGGCGUGACAGCGCCUCCAUCGCCACCUACCACCCCAUGGUGACAAUCCUGUUUGCGGACGUCAAGGGCUUCACCAGCCUGUGCCACGAGAUCCCCGCCACGCGGGUCAUGGAGUUCCUGAACCACCUGUACUCCCGACUGGACACGCUUCUGGAUGUGUAUGGAGUGUACAAGGUGGAGACCAUUGGAGAUUGCUACAUGGUGGCGGGCGGCCUCAUGGUUCGGGAUGCGGACGGUUUCAUGACGGUCCGCGGCCCCGACAGCGUUGAUGAGCUGCAUGCAGCCAAGGCCAUGGCCUUUGCAAAGGCCAUGCUCCGCGAGGCCUCCCAGGUGCGGCUGCCCACCACGGGGGAGGCGGUGGAGAUGCGCAUCGGGCUGCACAGCGGGCCCGUCAUGAGCGGCAUCGUGGGCUCCAAGAUGCCUCGGUUCUGCCUGUUCGGGGACACCGUGAACACCGCCAGCCGCAUGGAGAGCACCUGCCCCCCCGGCAGCAUCCACGUCAGCUCCGCCACCUGCACCUACCUGCCGGACGAGGAGUGGGAGCCCACGGGCGGAGUGCAGGUCAAGGGCAUCGGGGUCAUGGACACCUUCUGCUGGCACGAGCCCCUCAACGACCCCGCCUCAGCAGCAAACGCAAUCAAGGUAGCAGCCGGCGUCGCCAACCCCGCCGGCGCCGCCGCCCGGGCCCGCGGCCGCCGCGCCUCCACCCUGGUGCUGCUCACCCCCUCCGCCGCACCCAACAUGUCGGCCUGCAGCCCGCACAGCCGCGCGGCAUCCGGCAGGUCGGGUCUGGGGGCAAGCGGCGGCGGCGGCGGCGGCGGAGGCGGAGGAGGAGGAGGAGGACUUGACUCCUACCAAGGUGCUGCCCUAAUACCCAUGAUGGGCCAUUACAACAACAUCAACAACAGCGGUGUCGUUGCUGCGGGGGCGGAUGCCGGUGCUGGUGCUGGUACUGGGAGCUCGGCUGGUGGCGGCGUCAGCAGUAGCGUCACCAAUAGCUGCGGCAACAACAUUGUGACAGGCGCCGGCAGCGGCGGCGGUGCUGCUGCUGCUGCUGCUGCUGCGGGGGCGUCUGCACUAGUGCUGAGCCCUGGCGGCUUUGGCGGCAACCCGGACGCCAGCAGCAGGCAGCGCUCCCAUGCAGGAGGCACGGGCACAGCUGCCGCCGGGGGGUCCGCUGGCGGGGCGCCCCAGGUACGCGGCGGCCGCAAGCACCACCUGCGGCGCAGCACCACCAUGAUCGCUAUCGGGGCGGACCUGGCGGGCGGUGCGGCGGACCUGGCGGGGCUACGGAGGGAGCUUGCGGGGGCGGGGGCGGGGGCGGGGGGGCUGGGUUCUGCGGGCGCGGCAGCAGCAGCAGCAGCAGCGGUGCCGGCGGGUGCGGCGUCUGGCGGAGGAGUCGGGGGUGCGGUUGCGAAGUGAACGUGUGCUGUUUGCCAUGCAAUAUCGUGCCAUGCGGUGAAAAAAGCAAUUGUUAGUGUUCUGGGUGUGACGGUUGUGAUGGGUGCGUGCGAGGUGGAGUAGUGGCGUUGCUGUGCUUGAAACACGUUUACUAAGCAUUUAAUUACUGAGAAAGUGAGAAUAUUCGAUCGGAUUGGUUUCUGAAACGUGAGACCGCUUUGAAGCCAGGCUAUGCAGUUGGGGUUCCAAUGCUUCUGGAGUAGGGACGCAGGUUGGCUCUGAUGCAUGUGUCGGGCGGUAUUGCAGCAGCAGGGUGGCUAGUUGGUGGGUCGUUGUGAUCUGGGGUUGGCGCUUGCUGCAACCGGUUGCAGGGGGCAAUGUCCCAUGUGCUGUGACCCCGGGGGUCAAAGACCAUACCGAAGCAUUGGAAACCACAGGUUGGGGCAUGACAGUAGGGAUAGGGGGGGCAGGGAGCCCGUGGGGGGAAACGCCCGUGUGCCGGCAAGGGAGAGAAGAUGUCCGAUGCAUGCAGCUCGUGCAACAUCAUAAUAUGGGGUUUGCGGCGUGCGAUGUGUAAGCACGGUCAAGCAACUGGACGGAGGAAAAAGAAGAAGAAGAGCAUAUCUGGUGUACGGCAUGGCUGGCGGCGACCUGUGUACGGCAUAGCUGGCGAUGACCUGUGUGCGGCAUGGCUGGCGAUGACCUGUGUGCGGCAUGGCUGGCGGCGACCUGUCUACGGCAUGGCUGGCGGUGACCUGUUUUCAACAGUGGGUUUUAUCAGUUCCUGAGACCACGCACUGUGACGUGGGGUCAGGCACACGGCAUGCGCCUGUCAUCUGUUCCGAAAGCGCGUAUGCGCGUUCACGUAAUCUUGAUCACCUGUAGCCAAGCGUGCGUGUUGCUCCGCUUUAUUAAUUGCCGUACCGGGGAGUAGUAGCAGAGCGCAGCGACGUCAUGUGGAGCGAAUCCGCGCUUUCAAUGCACUCCAUUUUUUCGCGCGGUUGUAUGUGUGCUGGGUAUUUUUCCGGACGUAUUGCCGGCGGGGUCGUCGAGGCCCUUUUUGACUAUACCGGUACGUCAACUACAAAGUUACAAUGCAUGAAGCCGGACGCUCGUUUUGUGGAGGAUGAAGGAGUGCAGGUUGGUAGGAAGGAGGCUUUGGCUAAUCCCUCUUACCUUGCCUGGUAAUGGGUGUGCAUGGCCGAACUAGAGAAUCUAACCCGUUAAGAUGGGGAAAGCCAAACCCUAGCGUGGCAUGUGCAGCGGCUGCAGUGUACGGGCGCUUUCUUUGGUGCUUAGUAGGCUGCUUUGGCGCUGUUUUUGUGCUCCGUGUUCCACUUUUUUGCCACGCCCUAUUUCAUGAGUGUGUUAAACGUCGCGUGCUUAGACGCCGUUAAGCGUCUGCUCCACACUUGGGAUUUUUCAUCAUACUGCGAACGGGCGGCGGGCUGGAGUAUUACAUGGUUUUUGGUCUUGUGAGUGCGGCUGGUGAGGGCUGUGGAGCGGUUGCGGUUAGAGCCAUUAAAUUGAGGAUUGCAGGCUGCGGGAGGAUACAGGAGGUCAAGCAUACUAAUAGCUUUGUCGUACAACACAUGCUUGGGGCUGCCCCGGCCCCUAGAAUGCAUGAGUCGACUUCCAUUGGUCUUCCCUGGCAUUGAUGCAGCAAUGGGUGCGUGUACCCCAUCGGGUGCAUGGCUCCUGAUGCAUGUGCGAGCCGGCGGGCGGGGGGCCACGCAACGCCGGGAGCAUAAGUGGGCAAAACAUGAUUGGGCAAAGCAAAGCUAUGACCAUAAAUUCCCCACUCUUAACAGCCACACCACUACACAUGUACAGAAUCUGCG